UUGAAGACUUUAAAGUAUUAUAGAAAAGUAUUUCUAUUAUGUAACAAAUAUGGAUACAAGUAGUUCCAACUCUGUUGUUGGUAUAGAAAAUACAGAAAUAAUAAUUGUAGGUGCUGGUAUUGCUGGAUUAGGAGCUGCUAUAACUUUAGAACAAUCAAAUUUUAAGAAUUACAUAUUAUUAGAAGCUCAAUCACAAAUUGGAGGAAGAAUUUGUUCAAUACCUUGGAAUAAUAGUUGGUUAGAGAAAGGUGCACAAUUUUUGCAUGGCAAAGGAAGUAAGUUAGCCCAACUUAUUGAAGAAAGAGGAUUUCUUUCAGAUAUUGAAGCUGUAGAAGGAGAUGGACUUUAUUUAAGAGAGGAUGGUAGUGAAAUAGAUAAAAAAUUAAUAGCAGAAGUAGAUGAAAUUGUUAGUAAGAUUUUAAUAGAUUGUGAAAAAUAUUCAAUAAAUAAUGAUAUUGAUUUUAUGGAUGUAAAAGAAAAUAUAGGUAAAGUUUUAAGAACUAAAUUUUAUAAGCAUAUAAAAUUAACAGAUGAUCCAUUAGACAUAAAAAAUGCCAAAGAAGAACUUUUUGAUUGGAAUGUUAGAUUUCUUGCUAUUGAUAAUGCAUGCAUAUUAUUGGAUGAACUUUCAUUAAAAAGUUGGGGAAAGUACAAGUGUCUUAUUGGUCCAAAAGUUAAUGUUUUUAAAUCAUACUAUGGUUCUAUUGUGGAAUCAAUAGCUAAACAAUUAACAAAAGGCAAUCUUAGAUUAGAUAGUCCAGUUAAAAAAAUUGAAUGGAGCAAAAAACUAAAUUUAAUUAAUUCAAAAUCAGUUCUUGUUACAUUACAAAAUAAUAAAAAGAUUUUAGCAAAUUCUAUAAUAGUUACUUGUUCAUUAGGUUUCUUAAAAGAAAAUCAUGAUAAAUUAUUUACACCUAUAUUACCAACUCGAUUGACUAAAGCUAUCGAAAGUUUGGGCUUUGGGGUAAUUAAUAAAAUCUUUCUUGAAUUCAGUGAAACCUGGUGGGAUCCAAAUAUUAAAGGAUUUCAAUUCUUAUGGAAAGUAACAAAAAAAUCAAGUAAUGAUGAAUUAAUAAAAAAUAAACUCAGUUCAUGGACUAGAGAUAUAACAGGCUUUGAUGUUUUGAAAGAUCAUCAAACUGUACUAUUAGGUUGGGUAGGAGGUAAAGGUGCUUGUAUUAUAGAAACAUUGAGUCAACAACAGAUUAUUCAAGAUUGUGCUGAACUGUUUAGGUUUUUUUUAAAAAAUAAUAAUGUACCUAAAGCUAAUAAAUGUUUAUGGAGUUGUUGGGCCAGUAAUCAAUUUAUAAGAGGUAGCUAUAGUCAUAUAACAAAAAAAUGUGAUAUUACUGGUGUUUCACCAGCUACUUUAGCAGAACCAAUUUGGAGAAAAGUUCAAUAUAAUGAAAAACAAAAGUGCCUUCCAAUUUUGAUGCUAGCAGGAGAAGCUACUCAUGACAAUUUUUACUCUACCACUCAUGGAGCUUAUGAUAGUGGUAUAAAGCAAGCUCAAACUUUUUUAAGUUAUAUUACACAAUAAUAAUUAAAACAUAUUUUAUUAUUCGUAAAUG